UCAAGAUGAUCCAACCAUCUACAGUUCUGUUCGUCCUAAGUCUUGUGUCGGCCAGUAAAGCUCAGGUGAAUCUUCAUGAAAGAAACCAUUUCCUCUUAGCUACUGUAGGAGAUAACAUCACCUUACCCUGCUUCAAGUCAGGGCUCGAUGCCACACAUUACUGGUACAAGCAAAGUUUAGGCAGUGAAAUAGAGCGCAUUUCUUCUUUCUCUAAAUAUUACCGGAUUAAAAAUGUACACGGAGAAUUCAACAGAAACCAUCGAUUCACACUGGAUACUGAACAUGACCAGAAUAACCUAAAUAUAAAACAUGUACAAAUGUCCGACUCAGCAGUUUACCUGUGCAUAAGUUGUUUUCUACACGAUCUAGACGUCAUAGAAAGUGUCACUGUGAUUGUGAAGAGUUUGAGCCCAACAGUUGAAGUCCGUCAGUCUCCACAUGAGGAAACAGAACCAGGAAAUAAUGUGACUCUAAACUGUAGUGUCCAGACUGAGAGGUGUGAAGGACAGCACAGGGUUCACUGGUUCAAACAGUCUGAAGAGUCUGCAGCAGGAGUCCUGUACAGUCAUGGAGGAGGUCGUGUGGGUGAUGGGUGCAAGAACAAUGGAAAAAGUCCAACCAACUCCUGUGUGUACAGCCUCCCCAUACACAAUGUGAACUCAGAGCAGACUGGGACCUACUACUGCGCUGUGGCCGCCUGUGGACAAGUCCUGUUUGGGAACGGGACCAGGAUCACAAUGAAAAGUGUCUCAGACAGUAUGGUUUAUGUUCUGAGUGGAGUUUCCAUAUUCAGCACCAGCCUGGUCGUUUUACUCACAUUUUGCUUCUGUGUCCAAAGUAAGACAGAGACAUGCAUGAGAAAUUUUCCAGCAAAGACUGAGGAUUUCUCCAAACUUGUCCAGUACAAGACCACAGAACAGAUGAACAGAAGGAGCAGACACACACCUGACACAUGGACCGAAUGUGUCUACUUCAGCGUCAAGAAAUUAAAGAAGGGAAAAAAAAGAAUAAAUAACUUAAUAAAAUGA